AUGGCGCUGGCGUACCUGGAUGCGCGCGAGGCCCGCAUCGCGAUGAAGCUCUGCGAGCAGUGCAUCCCGGCCACAAAGUCAAGCGAACCGCGGCUCCAGACGGACCCGGACGCGGACUUCGACUUCAUGAGGAUCAUUGCGCUCUCGGUGCUGGCCUGUGCUGCGAGAAGGAUCAAGUUCUUCCAGAAGGCCAUCGAUGCUCUCGGCGAAGCCAAGAGCCUCUGCCUGGCUGGUGGAGACACAGUGCAGCAGCACCCGCUCCUCAUCGCCCUCACGCUUCUGAACCUCUCUGCGGUGCUGGGCGACAUCGACCACGACGAGCACGGCCUUCGAUGGGGCUUGGAGGCGCUGGGCCUCAUGUACAACAUCUUCUCGAAUGUGGAGCUCCCUGAGAUGGUACAGGCCUACUACCUUGCCCUUGCCUGCCACAACGCUGCGCUGCUGGACGUGAAGCUCGGGCGCUGGGCCGAAGCACAGGAGUUGGUGGACGAGGGCAUCGAGUUCACCAAAGUGCUUGGUGAGAAUGAUGAUAAUUUGCGGGGCAAGCUCAUCAGCAUAGGCGCGCGGCAUCGGGGUGCGCUGGAUGGCGGCGCCCAAGCAAAGCACGUGCCAGAGGGCUUUCUGUCGGAGGCCGUGAAUGCGCUGAAUGGAUGGGGAGAGGAGCGAGGUGUCUGGAACUUGAGCUUCUGGGACUUCAGCAUGCCUGAGAUCCAUGAAGUCAUCAGGGUUUUGGCGAACACCGUCACCCUGAACAAGGUCAUCAUGGAUCAGAAAGACGAUGACAGGCGGGGGCAGUUCAGCACACUAGCAGGAUCAGCACACAAGCAGGAUCAGCAGCCGUGA